AGCUAUUCUGACUAUUUCCGGGAGGACGUUCGGCCGUGUGUGUGUGUGCGUGUGUUUGUAUGCGUGUGUGUAAACUUUUUUUGUCUGACGAUAUCUUUGAAACGAAUCAAUCGAUUCGAAUGUGAUUUGCGAUGGAUUUUAUAAGUUUUUGAACUGAUUAGGUUUAAGAAUCAAUCGAUCAAGUAGUUUACAAGUUAUACGAGAAAUGAAAAUUACGAUCAAAUCUAAGUCUCAUGAAGCUUUCGAUUGCCGCAGAGCACAAACAUAUCGGCCGAUUUAUUCCAAAGAUGUUGAAUAAAAAUUACUUUUUUUCAGUGAAAUGUAUGUUUUUUCGGUUCCAUCGUUUUUUGACGUCACAGAGCUCAAAAAUUUACCAACAAUAACGCUUUCUAAGCUCGAAAACAGCUGGAAGUUUUGGGGUUCGCUCACAGGGUCAAACAUUUUUCAGAUUUUUUCCAAUUAAUUAGCCAUCUUACAUAAGCUAUUAAAAUAAUCGAACUUUUGAAGACCACUAGAAAAUUCAAAAUUCCUAAAAAUAGAAAUUGUCCGAUCUGAAUUUAGCGAAUAAAGUUAUAUUUGAUUCAUUACAAAAGUUGCCUAAUUGGUAAUUUUAUUUUUAACCCUAACUAUGACUCAUUUAUGAUAACAAUAAUUUUGCUGGUAAACAUCAUAUGUUGGUACAUAGUUCUGCACAUAAAAUAAUUUUUGUGAAAGUUACAUUUUAACAUCUAUAGUUUUUAUCUUCAGAUAUUGUACGUGAUAAUCGAAAGUGUAAAAUUGUAGAGUGCUUAUUAAAAUGCCAGUGAGUGCCGGUAUCUGUUGUAUGUUUUACGAGCGAGUCAAGACAUAAUUCUUGUUAGUCCAUCGUCGCAAUAAUUUGUCAUAAAAGUAUUUAUACCAUACGUGAUUAUAAUCUUACUUUGAUAAUUAUUUAUUAAUCUAUUAUAGCAUAUCAAAGCGUACGUGAUUAAUCUUUUGAAUAUUAUAUUUACAUAUGUAUUUUUUUAUUUUUUAUUUUUCAUUAGUUAUUUUUGCAAUCAUAAAUAUACGAGUGUUAUAGAUAUAUACAUAUAUUCAAACGUUAUUGUUAGUAUCAUAAUGUAUUAUCUAUUAUACUUACAUAACUGAUAAUGCACAAGAAAUUGUAUACCUAUAUGACAGUUUCAUAUAUUUAUCAUUCAUCAUUUAUCAACGAGUAGGUCAGUGACUGUGUAAAUGAAGUAAUUUUUGAAUACUUUUUUUUUAAUUACACGUUUGCAACCGAAGUUUAUUUUUCAUUGCAUUUUUCAUCGUAAUCACUUUAUUGGAAAAUUUUGAGUAAUAUCAUAAUCGGCCCCGAUGAUUUAUCGAUAAUGUUGUGUUCGCUGAAGUGUUGAUGAGAUAUCUCAAAAAUUUAACGAUUACAAGGUGCAUUGCACGUAAAAAAUUUUUAAAGCUAUCACUGGGUUUUUUCAAUUCUUCAUAUUGCCUAGUAUAUUUUUCUUAUGAAUUAUUUAUUUUUUUUUGUGUAUAUACGUUCAAAAUAAUUAUCUAUUUAUCAUAAAAUCUUGAGAUCAACUGGAUUCGGAAAAAUAUUUAUUAAUCAAAACAAUAGAUAUUUUUUAUUAUUAAUCAAAAGAAAGCAUAUUUUAUACAAAAAAUGUCUUCAUGAAAAGUGUUAAAAAAAUGUUCGAAUUUUUAUUAUGCUGUCGACAAAAUUUAUAACAGGAAGUUGAGUCAUCAAAAAAUUAUUAUGCUGCACUAUAAUUAUUAUUGUGAGCCUUUAGAAAUUUUUUAUUUUCUACUAUAAUUCCUAAUUUAGACAACUAGGGUCAAAAAUAAAACUUGACACGUUAUUUUCUUUUGAUGUUAUCGAUUUGCUGACGAUUUUCAUAUAAUAUCUCGGCUUUUGUUUAUUUACAUUACAUUUUUGUCAACUUUUAGAGCUUUUUUCAUCUUAGGUUGAACGUAGUUAUCUUUACUUUGAGCACGACAGGGUGACACGACCGAUGAACCGAGGACAAUUGAUCCGCGACAAUUGAUCCUUGCGACGAUUGAUCCGUCGAUAAAAUAUACUCACACACAUAUAAAUGUGAAAAAUUUGUGUGUGAGUAUAUUUUUUAUGUUACACGCACACAAAAUUAGUGAAAAAAAAGCGUAAUUUUUCACAUUCAUAUGUGUGUGAGUAUAUUUUAUGGGCGGAUCAAUCGUCGCAAGGAUCAAUUGUCGCGGAUUAAUUGUCGUGGAUCAAUUGUCCUCGGAUGAACAGUCAGGUAAUCCACGACAGUCAUUCACCCUCCUUUGGCUUGCUAUUUUUUAGUGUAAAAUUUGUUUUUCCCAUUUCAUCUUACAGUCUAUAUCACGUUUUAUUUUUGACCCGGGAAAUAAUGUUGAUUGAAAUUUAUCAAUAAGUUUUAAGUGUAUAAUAUUUUGUGUUGUGUGGCAUAAUAAUUUUUUGGCCACUCAACUUCCUGUUUCAGUUCGGUCCACAGCAUAAUAAAAAUUCUUCAAUUUCCUAAGUCCAUUUUUUCCGAGUUCUAUUUCAUCUUUAUAAUUGAUCAAUUUUUUGAACUAUUCUGUUGUUUGAUGUUUCCACUAAAGAAAUAAAUUAUUUUAAUUCUUAACAAUUGAAAUAUUUUGACAAAUAUAAAGCAUCUUGAAUGAUCACUCGAAUGUGCUAAUUAUUGGCACGCUAUAUAAUUUGCAGUAUCUUCAUUAUUUCUUUAAAUUAAUCAAAAAAUACAGUGUCAAUAAGAGGCGGCUCAUUACUUAUUGAGACUUUUUACUCUAUGAUAAAAAAUUAAAUUGUUAUACUUUAAAAAUUUUCUGAUAAUGCUCCAGACAAUUUUUUAAAAAUGAUGGAAUGAUGUACAGAAUAUCUCGGUAAAAUUAUUAGUGGCUGAUCUGACGAAAGCUGGGCAAAAACAGCUAGCAAACUAAUGAAAUAGUCAAACGUAUUGAUAAAACAUCUCAAAAAAUCACUUCAAAGAGAUGAAGAUGAAUUUUGUGUUUUGAAUCAUGGUGAUUGUUGGGUUAAUAAUAUUAUGUUUCGUGGGAAUGACACGAAUGAGCCACUGGAAGUUCGUUUAGUUGAUUUCCAAUUAUCUGUUUGGACAUCUCCAGCCGUCGAAUUGCAGUACUUUCUUAGUCUUUGUCCUGAAUUAGAAAUUAAAUUUGUAUUAAAUGAUAUUUUUUUAGAAAACUAUUUGAAAACUCUCGUUGAAACGAUGAAAAAUCUAGGUUGCAAAACCAAUCCACCAACUUUUGAAGAACUAAAGUUUUCAACGUAUAAAAGACGUUCUAUGGCCAUAUUAUCUCGACUAGUACACUGAGAAAAAUAAAAAUUAAAUUCAAGUAACCAUGUUUACUUAACUCAUAAUACUAAAAACAAGAAAAAAUUUACUACAUCGAAGUAUAAUAUUUCUUAUCUUUACAACUAUUGUUUAAAUCUACUCAUAAAUUUCUACAGACAAUGCAUUUUUACUAAAAUUAAGAAAAUAUUUACUUGGCAUUAUUUAAGUAAAAUAAUACUUAAAUCAAGAAAUUUUACUUGGAAAUAUACACUUUUCUCUCUCAGUGUAUAUAUACUAGUAUACUAUCUCCAAGUUAUAAAUGACGGUGACCGUAUGAUUAAUGUUAAAGAUAUUAUAAUUGAAACAAAACAAUAGAAUACGGAAUUUUAUAAUGAUACAAAAAAAGCAGCAGCGCUGACAAAAAUAAUUCCAAUUAUGGAUAAACUUGGAUAUUUCAAUGAAGUUCAAUAAAAUUUAAAAAUUAUCAUGAUAAAUAAAUUUUUUAUAACCUUUAUUUGCAUAUGAUUAUAUUAUUUGUCAUUUAUUAUGUUAUGAAUAUAAAUAUGAAUAUUUGUGAACGUUUUUUUAUUUUUUCUUUUAAAUUGCCUGUCGUUUAUUGACCCUAAUAUUCAGUAAUCGGCAAUCAUUAUUACUUUUGGUUAAAUUAAAAGAUAAGACUUAAACGUUGUACAUUAAUAUAUCUUUUAAUCGUAAUAAAUUAACAGAUGUUAAAGUGAGUACACUUGAAGGCAUUUAAAAUCGUGGAAACCGCGUUAGUAUACUGUUGUGAGUUAUCAGAAGUAAUUGGGAAGUGAGAUCGCUUCAGCCAUAAAUAUGGAAACAGUUAUUAGAAGUGUUGAAAAUUUACCUAAAUCUAUUGACAAUAUUAAGCAGAAUGGAGUUGUCUUUAAAAACACUGAUUGGACUAACAUGAUUUUCGAAAAAUUUUUACAAAAUGGAUUAAGAGAUUAUACGAUUCAAGAUGUUGCAAUAAUAAAUAAACGCCUAGCAUGCACAAAAGGACAAAAUUUUUUGAGUCAAGUAUGGAGGUUUUCGUUGCGAUACACGUGUGUCGAAAAAAAUGAUUCAUUCAAAAGAAUUAAAAAAAUAGUACACUUGAUAUUAAAAGAAGAACCAUUGCCGGGGUUCAGUUUAGAUUAUAUUCGCGAGAAUGGUAUAUUUAAUGUCGAAUUGAUGGUAUUCACAAAUAUAUUACCAUCUAUGGAGCGGCUUGCUGGUCGACAAUUUGGGCCACGUUUUUUUUGUGGAUCAACCCAACCUCCGACAAUUAUUCUCGAAGAUUUGAAGCCUCUUGGCUUCAAAAAUAAAUGCCGCAAAGCAGGAUUAUCACAAGCGCACAUGCUAAAAGCUAUCGAAGCUAUUGCACAAUUUCAUGCUGGAUCAGUUGCACUAAACGAUCAGGAACCUGGACGUUUUUUACGUUUUACGUCGAGCUCAUCGUCCGAAGAAACACAUGCUCAUAUGUACGAUUGGUUGGAUUUUAUCAUUGAUCAAAUAGCUGAUAAAAUCCGUAAAUGGUCUGAACCUUGGGCAAUUCGUGCCUCAGAUAAAUUAAAAAAAUUACGGAGAGUUACACAACAUGAAAAACUUUUGAAAGUGUCUGAGUACGACAAUGAUGAAUUUUGCGUAUUGAAUCAUGGAGAUUGUUGGAUUGGUAACUUUAUGUUUCGUGAAAACGACAAUGCUAUACCACUUGAAGUACGAAUGUUGGAUUAUCAAAUGUCAAUUUGGACAUCACCAGCAGUUGAUUUACAUUAUUUUAUCAACACAUGUCCUGAGGUUAAUCUUAAAGUUGAUUAUGAUGAUUAUUUUAUUAAAAAAUACGUCGAAAUAUUGUCGAAGUCAAUGAAAAGUUACGGCUGUAUUACAGCACCGCCAACACUUCAAGAUAUUAAAAGUUCGAUGUAUAAAAGACGCAUCUAUGGACUUAUGUCUGGUUUAAUAUUUUAUCCACGAAUGAUUGCCGAUGUUUCGGAUAUAGAAGCGAUAGAUGAGUGUUUCAAAAGUGGUACAACUAAAAUGAAUAUAUUUAAAAAUCCACGAGCUGUCAGAGCGUUGAAAAAAAUGAUUCCUGCGAUGUUAGAAAAAGGUUAUUUAGAUUAAUCAUUAGAUAUCAUUAGAAAUUAAGUAGCCAAUUGAUAGUUAUUUUUUGUUUUAUUUUUUAACGCGCGUUUAUUAGAUUUGAAUUGAUAUUAAAAUUUGAAAAUUUUUAAUAUUUUUAUAACGUCAGUAGACUUCUAAAAAUCAGAUUAAACAAAUGGUAUGUCUAGUAAACCCUUACGUAACUGUGGCAAAUUUCUGAAAGGAUCUACUUUCAAGUGCUACACAGUACGGUGGUUGGUACAGUAGCAUUUUUGAACCUCCUACUGUAAAUUUACAAACACAGCGAGAAACGCAUUGAACUGUUGAGAAAAAAAAAAAGAAAAAAAAGUUGAUUUAUAAUAGGGCAGUAAAGCAGUAGGUAAAAUCCUGUGGAGUUGGUCUUGCUAACCUACAUCGUGAACAGAGAAAUUGUUGUGGCAAGCCUCGAUGGGUGGUUUCUGGGUUCUGAUGGAAUAAGAAAAGAAUAAGAAAAAUGAAAAAGUAAAAUAGAUAACGCUAAAGAUUCACGUGAAAUUUAAGGCCUAGUAUUGUGACCAACGAGUGCGAAAAAGAUAGAAAAAGGUCAAAUGGAAUGUUAAACGACAUGUUUUAACUUAAAUUUCUCUUUACCCAAAGAACUCUCGUUCUAUACGCACUCCGAGACGACUGUUUGUAAAUUUAUGUACUGAAAAUAUAUAUCUAUAUAUAUACAUAUACUUUUGCACAGUAAGUCAGUCAAUAAGUCGCACAAGUCAACCACCUACAUAUACAAGUAGUAAAUCAAAUGGUGGUAAACUAACAGCUACCGGAAUUUUGUAAAAGUUUGCUAUGGUAUAAUGUCCAUAGGAGAAAUGGACAAUAGUUUAAAAUUGAAAUCAGUACACUUAGAUUUUUGUGUACUAUUACUUUUGUCUAAUAUAUAUGUCAUUUCUUAAACAUAAAGAGAGAAAGAAAUGAAUCUUCUUAAAGAUAAUGGGGUUUUGCGUCUCGUGAAAAUUUUCUAUAUUUAAGUUUAGGAGAGAAAAAAUAUGUUUAGUAUAAUGAAAGUAAAAGUACAUACAUGUAUACAAUAGACUGUCAGAAAAACAAAAUUUUUUUUUUUUUGAUUAAAUACAUUUCAAAAGUUACUUUAAUAAAAAAAAAAUUCUCUCAAAAUUUCAGCUAUAUCUCAAAAAUUGAGCUGGCGCACAGGGGUGGGGCGGGGGUCUUUCUUAUUUAAAGGACAUUGAAAUUUUUUUUUUUUAUUUUGUAAAUAACUAUCUGUAAAAUUUUUUUUUCUGAUUUUUUAAUUCUGAGAUCUUGUAGAACAUUGAAUUCUCUAUAUAAAAGGUCUCUUGUGUUAUACGCUUAAAGUUGCUAGAAAAAAAGUUAUAGAGAUUGAAACUUAGGGGGAAGAAAUCGAAUUUUUAGGAUCACAAAUUUUUUUUCGUUUUUUAUUCGUCAACUAGAAAAAUGUCUUUUUUUUUCGUUUUGCAAUUGAAGUUCUUAUAGAAGAGUUUAUUAUCUAUAAAAAUGGUCCUUAGAGUCGUUUUAACAGAGCUCAUAGAAAGAAAGUUAAUGCUCUAAAUUUGAGAAAAAUUGAAUUAUUGAGAAAAAAAUUUUGUUGUCCAAUAUUUUUUCGAAGGAUUAUAAAUCUAAAGAACAUAAGUACAAUGAACCUGAAUUUUAAAUUUUAAUUACAAUUGAAUUUUGUAGAAAUGAAUAAAAAAAUUUUUCUGACAGUCUAAUGUACAAUUGUAGAAUAACAUUACCGAGGCUUUAUGGUUUAACACAGUCGUGGGUAUCCAGGUUACUCGGUCGUCAAAAUGUAUUUGCACUGUUAAAAAUUCAGUAGCACCCAAGCAAUUAGUCAUGUCGAGAGAAAAUACUCGUGGGGCGAAAAAAUAAAAAUCUAUUCUCAAUUUAUAGAUUUCUAUUAACGUGCGUAUAUAUAGAAUAAAUUUAACUUAGGUAAAUUUUUUUUUAUUUAAAAUUUAAAUUAUUAUUUUUUAAGUUGUUUAUAAUUAAAUUUUUGAUAAAUUUGUGAAUUUAAGUAUUUUAUAACUUUAAAUUAUUGUUAUUAAAAUAAUCUAUAUAAAUUAUUUUAUA